CUGUACGAACUUGUGAACGGCUACGGCGGUGUGGACCAGCCGCAGCGGUGGUUCUCGACUUUUAAGCGGUAUGCUGAGGAGAUCGGCUUCGUGGUCUCGUCACGCGACCGACUGCCGACUCCCGCGCCCUCGGUCGCCUGUGCAGUGGUGGCUCAAAUGGUAGGCUUUACAGCACGCGGGGAACCCCACACGGUGCGAAGCUUCCUCCAGAGCCUCACGGAUGCAGAGACCAGCUACCCGAACAUCGUCGGUUGCGUAGCGGCCGAGCGUAAGAUGACAGUGAAGGUGCCAGCUGGAGUCCUAGACACGGGCCUGAAGGCGAGUCGACACAUGAGAGUGACCCUGAUAUACCACAACAACACGAACUACGUCGAGGUGCUCACCGGAGCUGCCAUCGAGGACUCGAUGAUCCGCCAGGUGAGCGAGUUGGAGAGGAGCUAUUUCGAGGCUGCUGUCCACAACCCGUCCUGCAAGAUGGAGAUGCCGACUGGGAGCGAGCACCUGACUAAGGUCAUGCGCUUUCCCCCGUAUGAGGACGAGGGUAAGGGCACAGAGGCGGGCAGUUCAAUCAAGAAGGAGGAGCCGAGGGAGGAUGCCGGAUUCAUCAAGGUCGAGAUGCCAGACUUAUUGAAGGAGGAUCCGGCGUACCAGGAGGCGCUCUCGACCACAGCGUUGGCGGUCAUCGAGCG